CCUUAGGCCGGUGAUAAGAUGUCGUGGCGGAUCAUCAUAGCCGGCGCAACGCUGGCGGUUCUGCUCUCUCUGGUGGUCCACGUAGCUCUUCACUCUCCCAUCUCCCCGCUGCCUUUGGCUCUACCUUCUUCUAGUUUCCAGCCCAACAAUCUCCUCAAGAGUGUGGAAAAAAUAGGAGAAGGAAUUCUCAUCCUUCCAGAAGACACAUGUUUGGGGAAAGAUGGCAAGCUCUACACAGCUACAAGGGAUGGCUGGAUAAAGAGAAUGCAUUCCAACGGUACUUGGGAGAACUGGAAGAUGAUUGGUGGUUCUUCCCUACUUGGGAUAACCCCAUCCGUGGAUGGAGAUAUUAUUGUUUGUGAUGCCGACCAGGGUUUACUAAAAGUUGGAGAGGGAGGCCUCACCGUUCUAGCAACCGAGGUGGAUGGCACCAAGAUAUUAUUUGCAGAUGAUGCCAUUGAAGCCUCAGAUGGGAGCAUUUAUUUCAGCGACGCAAGUUCCAAAUUUGAAUUCCAUGAUUUUUUCCUGGACCUCCUUGAAGCUCGCUCAACUGGCCGUCUCCUAAAAUAUGACUCUUUGAAGAAGAGGACGUCAGUUGUUCUUUCCAACCUAUCCUUUCCUAAUGGCGUUGCUCUUUCACCGAAUGAGGAUUACUUGCUUUUAUCUGAAACCUAUAAGUUUAGAUGUCUUAAGUACUGGCUCAAAGGAGAACUGAAAGGAAGUACAGAGGUUUUCAUUGAUAAUCUUCCAGGCGCGCCAGAUAACAUCAAUCUUGCACCUGAUGGGUCUUAUUGGAUUGCCUUAAUUCAGAUAAGAUCAUGGUGGCUGGAUCUGAUACACUCAUCGCCAUUAGCGAAGUUAGUAAUAGCAGCAUUUCCCUGGGCCGUUGAACGGCUCCCUUCUAUGUUGUUUAAAAGUGCCGUUGUUGUCAAUGUUGACUCGAAUGGGAAGAUCAGAAGGAUGUUCGAUGAUUAUAAUGGAGAAACGAUUUCUUUUGUAACUUCAGCGUUAGAGAAUGAAGGUCACCUCUACCUGGGAAACCUGGGCAGCAACUUCCUAGGAAAAUUUACCCUCAAGGAUUAAGGUACUCACAACGCUGGAAAUAAAAACUGCAAUGUUACACUGCUGUUCAUGAGCUUGUCUUGUACUGUUCUGGUGUUAGGGAAAAAUAGCAAUUAAUAAUCAUUUCUUGGAGGCCAAAAUUUCCGAGUAUAUAAAAACAUGUUUUAAGUUUUAAUUAAUCGAGUCCUAUUGCAUGUAAUGCAUUUCUAGGAGUAAGUGAGUCCAAAUGCUUAAUAAGUUUGCUAUGGAGAUGUUUGGCUGGCAGUUUUUGUGAUGUACUGUAAAUUAAUUACAUGAAUUUUUAAAAUUUUCA